AUGUCUGUUGUCGGCAUAGAUUUCGGUGCCCAGAGCACCAAGGUUGGCGUUGCCCGAAACAAGGGUAUCGACAUUAUCACCAACGAAGUUUCCAACCGACAAACUCCUUCCCUUGUCGGAUUCAGCGCUAGAAGCAGACACAUUGGUGAAGCCGCGAAGACACAAGAGACUUCCAACCUCAAGAACACGGUUGGAAACCUCAAGCGCCUAAUCGGUCGCUCAUUUAGCGAUCCCGAUAUUCAGCUUGAGCAGGAAUUCAGCGUCGCGCAACUAUGUGACGUCAAUGGCCAGGCUGGUGCUGAGGUUAGCUACCUGGGCAAGAAGGAAAAGUUCACUGCCAUCCAGCUGGUCGCCAUGUACCUGACCAAGAUCCGCGACAUCACCUCUAAAGAAUUGAGACUCCCCGUCACGGACGUCACCAUCAGUGUUCCGGCUUGGUUCACCGACAUCCAGCGCCGCGCCAUGCUCGAUGCUGGUGAGAUUGCUGGCCUCAAGGUUCUCAGACUGAUCAACGACUGCACGGCGACUGCUCUCGGCUACGGUAUCACCAAGGUUGACCUUCCCGAACCCGAGGAGAAGCCCAGGCGAGUCAUGUUCGUCGACAUCGGAUACUGUGACUACACUGCCACCGUUGUCGAGUUCCGCAAGGGCGAGCUCAACGUCAAGUCCACGGCUUGCGACCGCCACUUCGGUGGCCGUAACUUCGACAAGGCUCUGACCGACCACUUUGCCGAAGAGUUCAAGGAGAAGUUCAAGAUCGACAUCCGUACCAACCCCAAGGCUUGGGCUCGUACCCUUGUCGCUGCCGAGAAGCUCAAGAAGAUUCUCUCGGCCAACACGCUUGCCCCCAUUAGCAUCGAGUCCCUCAUGGAGGACGUCGAUGUUCGCGCUGUUGUCAAGCGUGAGGAGUUGGAAGAGAUGGUUAAGCCUCUUUUGGACCGCGUCACAGUUCCUCUGGAACAAGCUCUUGCGGAAGCUAAGCUUAAGCCCGAGGACAUUGACUUCGUCGAGAUGGUCGGUGGCUGCACUCGUGUCCCCGCCAUCAAGGAGGCCGUCAACAAGUUCUUCAACAAGAACCUUUCCUUCACACUUAACCAGGAUGAGGCCAUCGCCCGCGGAUGUGCUUUCGCCUGUGCUAUCCUCUCCCCUGUCUUCCGUGUCCGUGAUUUCUCCGUUCAUGACAUCGUUUCAUACCCCAUCGAGUUCACAUGGGAGCAGUCUCCCGAUAUUCCCGAUGAAGACACCAGCUUGACUGUCUUCAACAAGGGCAACGUAAUGCCCUCGACCAAGAUUCUCACCUUCUACCGCAAGCAGCCUUUCGACCUUGAGGCCCGCUACUCCAAGCCCGAGACGCUCCCUGGCAAUCUCAACCCAUGGAUCGGCCGCUUCUCUGUCAAGGGUGUCAAGGCUGAUGCUAACGACGACUUCAUGAUCUGCAAGCUCAAGGCUAGACUCAACUUGCACGGUAUCUUGAACGUGGAGUCCGGCUACUAUGUUGAGGACGUGGAGGUCGAGGAGCCCGUCCCCGAGGAGGGUGAGACUAAGGAUGGUGAGCCCAAGAAGACCCGCAAGGUCAAGAAGCAGGUCCGCAAGGGCGAUCUUCCGAUUUCCAUUGGCACUGCCCAGCUUGAAGAGGCUCUUAAGAACACCUGGCAAGAGCAGGAGAACACCAUGUACAUGGACGACAAGCUCAUUGCCGAGACGGAUGAGAAGAAGAACGAGCUGGAGGGCACGAUCUAUGAGAUGCGCGACAAGAUCGACAGCAUCUAUGCUGAUUUUGCCAGUGAAGAAGAGAAGGACAAGCUGAGGUCUAAGCUCACCGAUCUAGAGGAUUGGCUAUAUGAGGAGGGUGAUGACACCACCAAGUCCGUCUAUGUGGCUAAGCUCGACGAGAUCCGUUUCGUCGCAGGUCCCAUCAUCCAGCGCCACAGAGAGAAGCAGGACGCUGAACGUGAGGCCAUCCUGAAGGCCCAGGAAGAGGAGGCUGCGAAGAAGCGUGCCGAAGUUGAGGCUAAGCGCAAGGCUGAAGAGGAGGCCAAGGCCGCAGAAGAGGCUAAGAAGGCUGCGGAGAACCCCGACGCUGAGAUGAAGGAUGCUCCCGCCGAAGGCGAGGGCGCCGAGAACGCUGAUGCUGACAAGCAGUAA